AACCGCUAUUUUUUCCUGUGUCACGCUGUUAACAGUGUUAACGCGAGCUAGCAGUUACUCCGAUGGUCAAGUGACUGCAAUUUAGAAUUUAGUGGCGAAAAUGGCAGACCACGAUUGGAGACUGCGGACCGGCGUGGAAAUCAACAUCAGCAGCAGCAGUUCGGACGAGGAUGAGGCUGACGGCAAAGGCAUUCCGAUCAACAGAAGAAACAAACCAAGCCAGCCGAUCACACUGCCGCCGUUUUCUCCAGCGGACAAUGAUUCUGCGGAGGACUUCAGCCUGAGUGGUGAGUACUACCUGGACCUGGGCAAGACGCCACCGCGAGCCAAGAUUCUGCGGAACCUGAAGGACAAGCGGAGUCGUGGCCCGGAAUUCGGUGACAAAACCAACCGGCUAAGCAGGAGCGGAAGCAAGAACCGCAGGAGGUCCGUUGCCGAGUACAGUCCUGCCAAGGACCUGUUUGAUCAGCAGCAGGACAUUGAAUUUUGUGAUGGUCGUCAGCGGGUCCGAAAGAGGUCAAUGAAGCUGCUGAGGGAAUCGGAGCGAGACUGGAAAUUAGACAUUGACGGACAGUCCAGCUCAAAUGCCAUGUUCAGCAAUGGUAGCGUCCCAGCUGAAGAUAGGGCGGAGAGCAUGCCAGCCCCUGCUGUUAAGAUUGAAACCGUGAAUCGGUUCAUGAGUCUGGCAUCAAAAGUGGUAAAGUGCGACCGCCAGAAUAAAAUCGUGAAUGCGCUCACAAUCGAGGACAAGCCCAUCAUCACGGAACAGUGUCCCCAAAACCGAGUGGACUUCUUCAACAGAUACUCGUUGCUUAUCAGAAUGGGCAACCCGGAGCGGCUGCAAGACAAAAGCAAUUGCCGCAGACAGCUCAGCAAAGAGGAAACCUUAUGGCAGAGCGAGCUCAAGGACAUGAUAUGGCUUGAGCUGCAAGCGUUUCUCGCCGACAGAAGUCUGCCAGAGCAAGAUGUUUUUCUCUGCGAGGAGAGGAAAUCUGUUGCUGGCCUCUUGGAGGAGAUCGCCAACUACAAAUUCUGUCCUACCAAGGCGGACAGCCGGCAUGGCAGCGUGGACAGUGGCAUGGAACUCGACUGCAGCUGCCUCUCCAUGUUCUGCAGCGAAUGCAGCAGAAACCAAAAUCUGGCUAUAGAACAGGUCGAGGGCCUGCUUUCUCGGCUGGAACAAGCGGUGGCACUGUAUCCGUCCAGUCGCGUCAUGGCUGCUGAAUAUCCAUUGUUCAAGUCUAUAGAAUUCAACAACAAACUGAAGGCGAUGUGUUUAUGGUACAACAUGACCAGGCUGCAUCGACUGAAGGUCAGCAUAAUAGGCAAGCUGUUGAACCAGCUGAAUCAAAGGAGCCAUCGCUCACGAAGCGGCCACUGGCCUCGCUUGGACGAGGACAGCGGCAUUUCCACCUCAACCAGUCCAUCCACUGCUGGAGGAAACGUUACCUCUGACCCUUUUAAAAUGCCAGACGCACCUGAUCUAAAACGGAAAGAGACAAAAGUAAAAUUCUCCAUCAACAACCUGGACAUCGAGUCCACGACUAGUCCCUCAGACUCAAACAGUUCAAACGCGUCGACUGGCAUUUCCAUGCACGGACUCUUAAACGAGUCUGUCGUGUCCACGUCCAGCUCGAGAACCAGUGUGUCCAGCACGGAAAAAUGCUGCGAGAUCCCGCACUUGCAGGAUGGCAUCGGCACGCCGUGCGUCAUGUCUCCGUACAGGACGUAUAUCGAGGAUGUUCUGAAGACGCACGGGCUGCGCAGAGCCAUCCUCUACCUCGAACGCCUCCACUUCCACCUGCUCAGCAAGGCCAAAAUCACCUUGGAUAAGUCUGCUGGGGCUGUGGUUGAACCCACUGCCGAACAGAUGCAAACGGAAGAGUGGGAAUUGAAGCGUUUCGGACAGUGGAGUCCAGAGGCGCAGAGCAUGUGCCUUCCAUCCUACAAAUCUGCCUUUCUUUUCCUGGCAAGAAUUGCCCUGGACCUGAUCCAUGAAUACCUUAAAUUGCGUCUGGAUCAGAAACCAACCGAACCGUCCGCCUUAAGUAUUAGACAGUUGAUGCGAGAGAUGAAAGAAGGCUUGCACGAGGGGGUGAAACAGCGGCAGCGCUACCUGCACCUGAUGCGUUCAGCGACCUGGACGGCGUCGCAGGAGGUGACUGACCGGCUGGAGCAGGACGUGGCCGACUUUGACCGCAGCAUGAAGUACAUCCUGGAGACGUACUUGGAGUACCUGCAGAAGUGGGUGCUGAUCGUCCAGAAGGAAAGCGUUGUCGUUUGUCCCUACCAGAAGUCGCUUCUCGAGGAGGAGUGGAAGUUCGUAAAAAUCACCUGUCCCUUUAUUCCUGGUGGCGAGGCAUUAGCAGCCAACAGCUUUUGUCGGAUGGCAAGUGGAAUGCUAAGUGCGAUUGUUGACCACCUGAAUGCGGGUGUUGAUGACUUGAACAGCAUUCUGGAGGACAGCAACGUGGAAAGGGAUAUUGAAGAGCAACAGCUGAGCGAGGACGAGGUUUUCGAGCAGAAGCAGUCUAUCCUCUCUGGCAGUAGGAGUAUUCAAAUGAUUUUCCACGAGGCGCGAGAGCGGGCUCUGAGGGCCAUUAACUUUGCCAAGACGCUGCGGAAGGACCUGGAAAUCGCCUCUUCAUUUUCGCUGAUGGCUACACUCAAUCAGUUUCUGCACUGUUUGGCCAAAGCAGACCACGUCCGCGUUGUUGCCCCACAUUCCUGCAGCCAUCUCAUGUUUGUGCCAGCAUUCCUGAAGACCAAGCCAGAGUUAGUGUGCCGUCUGGUGAACAUGAAUCUUACGUCUGGCAGCUGCGGUUUGGACCCGGCGGACGCAGAUGGGCCGCACUACCUCGUUCUGGUGCAGUGCAGCGACGAGGAAAUCACGUGGCCUGGCGAGACAAUCAGCAUCCAGCCAACCGCCGAGACCACCAUCACCCUGUCGCACGUGGAGUUCCGCGGCGUGCUGCUGGUCGUCUGCGACUCGACCAUGCUCAGCAAGCACCGCAAACACCUGGUCAGCAAGCUCGGCUGCACCGUGGCGCUCACGCAGGAAAGUCUGCCCUCCAAUUACACCAUCGCCGAGUCUCUCAAGGAACUGAAGACGGAUGCUGUGAAUUUACGGAAGUGCGUUACUACCAGUAUUCAGUCAGUCGAAAGGAGUUUUGAUGUGAGAAACAUGACUGACAUUGACGAGCAGGACAAGCUGGCGUUGAUCUCAAAGAUCAGGGAAAUCUUGCACCAGUGCUACAAAUUUGGAUUUGAGUACAACAAAGAAGUGUGCCGGCUGGUGACGGGUGACGCAAAAGGCAAGCAGACGUGCGGCAUGCACGAGUUCGCCAAGCAGUGGAUGCAGUUUGUCAAAGGGUGGUGCGAGCGCGGCCGAGGCCUGCGUCCGCGCUGGGCCAACCAGGGCCUCGAGUUCUUGAUGGCCGCCAGCGAGCCAGACAAGACCAGGUACCUGAGCGACGAGCAGUUUGAGGAGUUCAAGCAUCUAAUCGACGAGUGCGUGGCGCACGUGAUCGGCUCAGCGUUGGACAAGUCUCCGCGAAACAGUCUAAUCGAGUGCCGGUCGCGCGGCACUUCUCCGUCGCCGCUCAGCCGCAAACAGUUCCGAUCAUCCAGGUCGAUGCCCGAGAACUCUGGCAUGACGCCGCCCGCCAGGUCCGUGUCCCAGCCGUUCAUCAACUCUGCAUCGGCCACGCCGGAACUGCUAGACAGCCCGCAGCCCAUGCGCAAGAGGAUGGAGUCGGUGCCCAACGGGCUCGAUGGUCAUGUUGCCGAGACACUCAGGAUUCCUUUGAGAGGAGGUGGAGCAAAAUGGUCAGACCGUGUGAAAGACGCCGUGGAUCAGUUAGACCAAAGGAUAGAUGAGAAACUGCACGAGCAGGAGCUGAUUGGCAAAGAAACUGAGAUCCACUCGCCCGACAGGGUGCACAUAAAGGCCAGGGCCGUCACCUUCAGUUGGCAGAGAGGCAUCAAAAUCGGUCAAGGACGCUUUGGCAAGGUGUACACGGCGGUGAACAACGCCACCGGCGAACUGAUGGCGAUGAAGGAGAUCUCGUUCCAGCCGAACGACCACAAAGCUAUCAGGAAGAUCGCUGAGGAGCUGCACAUCUUCGAGGGCAUCCAACACAAACACCUAAUCCGCUACUACGGCGUCGAGAUCCACAGGGAGGAAAUGUUGAUCUUCAUGGAGUAUUGCGAAGAGGGCACCCUGGAGACACUGGUGGCGGCAACGGCUAAUGGCCUACCAGAGCAGCUCGUCCGCAGCUACACCAGACAGCUGCUCCUCGCAGUGUCCACUCUGCACUCCCACGGCAUUGUCCACCGAGACAUUAAAAGUGCAAACAUUUUCCUCACUGACGAAGGCAACUGUCUCAAAUUGGGAGAUUUUGGAUCAGCAGUGAAGAUCCGAGCCAACACCACCAUGCCUGGCGAGCUGCAAGGCUUUGUCGGAACUCAAGCUUACAUGGCACCAGAGGUAUUUAUGAAGUCCAACGCUGAUGGUCACGGCAGGGCAGCGGACAUGUGGUCUUCUGGCUGCGUUGUGAUUGAGAUGGCGUCUGGAAAGAGGCCGUGGCCGGAGUUCGAGAGCAAUUACCAGAUCAUGUUCAAAGUUGGCAUGGGCGACAAGCCGAAGACGCCCGACACACUAAGCGUCGAGGGGCACAGCUUCGUCGACCUGUGCCUGCUGCACGACCCGCACAAGCGCGCCUCAGCCGACGAGCUGCUUGAGCACACGUUCGUCAAGUUUGACAUGGACGACAUCGAAGAGGAGACGGGCAGCUAUCACAGCAGCACCUCCAGUAACACCAGACUCUUCCUUGAUCCGCACUUCAGCUCCGGCACCCUCGGCUUCAGGAGAUUGUCGUACACGUAGUUUUUCGGGUAGCUAGUGUCCUUUGCAAGCCUGGUGCUUUCCGAGCCUCAAAGCGGGAGUGGAGGGGCGUUGGCGACUAAUUGGGAGCCCAAUUGAAUCGAGUUCUUUCGCACGCAGCUGGGUAGAAUGAUAAACCUUUUUGGGGGGAUCAUUGUUUGUAGUAUUUUAGUGAGGCCAGUUUUCCUCUGAAAUUCCGAAGUUCAAGGAGUUUAUUGAUCUUCAAGUUUUCAAUAACACACACACGUGAUGAGAAAAGUUUACGUUCCUAUGCCACUAAACAUCUUUCUCACAAAUUUUAUUUUCUAGGACAUGAGUAGGGUUUAGAAUUUAAGACGGUCGAUUAAUUUUUCUUCUCGGCGUCAGAUAUUUUUUCUAAGCACCGUCUAAUCCACCCAAAAUCUCUAGAAACCAAUUCAAUCAAUACCUAUAUUUCGCUCAAAAUCGUUCUCUUUACUAGUGCGAUGAUUUUCUUCUGCCAAAAAUCUGACUUUUCAGAUUUUUUAGUAAAUUCUUGACUCAUAAAAAACGGCUAUAUUAUAUCGAUUCUAAACCACUUAAAUGCCUUUAGAGUAUUCAAUGCAAAAUUAAACUAGAUUUUUGCAAAUUUACAACAUUCUUUAAUUUAUUUUUGUCACGCUGUUCCAGGUGAACCAGAAAGAGUAAAAAUGAAUAGUUGAAUUAAAAGGUCAACUUGGAUAAUUAUUUAAAUAAUAGUCUCAUUGAACCACAAGUCAGUUUUGGAAUUUGUUGGUGAUACUUUGGUCAGAAAAUCAACCAAAUUCGAAAUUUAAAGCCAACGUGCAUGUCCUUUGAAUUUUAAUCGUGCAAAAUAGAUAUUUCCAAUUGGGAAGUCAUAAUUAUCUUCUUUUGCUUUAAAUUUUGACACUACAUGCAGCAGCUAGUCAAAAAAAUCCUUCUUGCUGGCAAUCUAUGCUUGCCAACGCAUCUUUCCUGUGUUUUUUACUUUAUCAUUCUUCCCCAAGCAACACCAAAUUUUAUAUAAUAUGUGAUGGCGUACUUAAUAUUUUACCUUCAGAACAAACAGGAAUCCAAAUUUAUUUUGUAUAAAUUUAAUUUCUCACGUGCAUUUUAUUGCUGCGCCGUUCGUUUUGGAAGCAAAUAAUGAUAAAAGUCUGUAAUUAUAUUUUCGGCUAUGCAAUUUACAAAGGUUUGUUUCGAAACCGGGCAUUCGACCUUUUACUGUGACCUCAUAAUAUUAUUGUGAACAGAAGCCGUCCUGAUUGUCAAACAGCUAGGCUUGAAAAUUCUAAUUGUCACUGAUGAAACCGGUAAAAAUCAUUUUUCAAGUGAGACGCCCUGGAAAAUUGAAUCAUGUUCCUCAGAUUUUUAUAAAAGGAAAACUAGAACUUUAAUUUUUUUUUCUUUGGUGCCUUGUGAUUUUUAUGAGUAUUAUUUAGAAAUAUAAUAUCUUUUCAUUCAAAUUUAAAAAUUUAGUUCUACAUUUUAAAUAAAUAUACUGGAAAAUAAAAAUAAACUUGAUCUGGCUGUCCACCGUAGCCUCAAUUCAGAGAAAAAUCUUUAACUUCUUGAAGGCGAUAAAUAAUGUCCAUGAUUGUUCUGUGGUGAACAGCCAAAACUUUAUUUGAACAAUAAAUAAGAUCGAGAAAUAUUUCCAGUUUUCAAUUUUCUUCAGAACCAAUUCUAAAGUGACUCUUUCAUUUAAAUUAAAUUUAUCUGUCCAGACUUUCCUAAUCUAUUUUAUCCUUUUUUUGCGCCUUUGCGAGAACAAUUUUAUUUUAAUUUAUUCAGUCCAACACUUCUUUCUCCGUUCUUAAAAGAAGAUUCAAUUUUCGAGGUCUAGUCUUCAAACUCCGGUAACGGAUCCGUGUAGCGGAAGAAAUUAUUUCGUAGUCAAUUUACGCAGCACACGACGAGAGGCAAAAUCUCGUCCCAACGGCAUUCCGUGCAAACUGUUGUCGAUGUAAGUCACGUUUCCUCGUUUUCACAGCAGCAGCAGCAGUGUGUGUGUGUACUUACUUUUAUCUCGGGCGGGCGAGCGCGCGCUGCUCUUAAUGGACCAUUUAGCACGGCGUAAGCGGCUCUUUAAAUGCAGGCAGCUGUACACAGAAUCAAUUUGCGAACACACGUAAUCUUCAUUAGCCUCUCGCCGACUUGUUAAAGAAAGAAAGUGUCCUUUCUGUGUUUGCAGCUUGUUAAAAUAUAUAUUCCAUUCUUUAAAUUAAUCGAAGCAUGCAUAAACAAUCUGUGAUAUUGUUAUUCAGCAGACCAAUGUUCAAAACAAACAAACACCAUUCGAGGCAGACGCAGGACGAGAACUACUAUAUCAUAUAUCAUAUAAUAUAUUCUACUAUGAUGUUGUGUAGUAAAUGAAAAUGCCAUGUUAUAUUAUAUGCAUUAAAAUUAUAUUAUAUUCA